AUGCUUACCUUUUACGAGAUGAACGUACGUCAAAGUAUACAUUAUUUAUUGACGUAUUUUCCUCGACGUUUACGUAUUUUCCGUGUUGUACAACAAUGCUGUCAAGUUUCGGUGAAUCGAGUGCAAAGGAAACUGCGCGAAAACUCAAAGAGUAUUAACAAAAUAUCAACGCGUGACAACGCAAACAGCACGUGGUUUGUUGAUUUUAGAAAAAUUUGACA